AUGAAAAUCAUUGGGACUCUCCUUCUACUCUGUAUAGUGACCCAUUUCUGCAGCAAUUCAGAAGCCACCAGUCUGUCUUUAACAACGGUGGACUGCAGCAUUUAUAAGAAGUACCCAGUAGUGGCCAUCCCCUGCCCCAUCACAUACCUGCCAGUUUGUGGUUCUGACUACAUCACCUAUGGGAAUGAAUGUCACUUGUGUACCGAGAGCUUGAAAAGUAAUGGAAAAGUUCAGUUUCUUCAUGAAGGAAGUUGCUAA